AUGUCACGAACCCUCAUAAUUAAAUUAAACGACGUCACUCACAGGUGCCCGUUUUUGCCGUAAUUGGCUUAUGUGACAAUCACGAAAUGGAGGAGCAAGAAAAAGCAGCUAUUGACAGAAACUACGAUUUAUUGAUAAAUAAUAUAAUAUUAACGGAUGAAUUUUAUAAUCAACUAAGAUGGAAUCAAGUUUUACCAGAAUCGAUGAUCGCUGAUGUUCAAGCAUGUAAGACAAAAGAAGACAGAAUAAAACAGUUGCUGCAUACCCUACAAUUACGAGGAUCUGAUGCUUUCCGGAAGUUACGUCAUGUACUUCAUAUCACUGGUCAUAACUUCCUAGCAGACCAACUGUAUGAAGAAGAUAACGACGUCAGUAUUAUCAAAGCUAACGAUCUGUUUAACAAGUUUCCAUCCAUCUUCAAUCAAGUCUGUGAUGAUCUGAAAAGUAAAUUUAUAAAAUACAUUGAAACAAAGGUAAAAGAAAAGGCCCUUGCAAAAUUUUGGAACAAGUUAUCACUGGAGAGAUUAGAGGGGCUAGAGAAUAAGAAGACAUGUUACCUACAGGAAAAAGACAUACGAGUUAAGCUUGAAAAUAGAAGAAAACAGGUCAGUUGCCUGAAGGAGGAACUAACAGACAUGGACGGAAAGUUAAGGAAGAGAGAACUGGAAAUUCAAGUUUUUGAAAGAGAAAGAGAUGAAACAAGAAAACGGUUCAAGACGGAGCUUGCAGUUCAAGCUAGAUUCAAUGCAGCAAAUAAUAGUUCGAUAAUUAGGCUUAGGGAGAAGUUCAUCUCAUUUAACGAAAAAGUUAAAAUCUUGAAUAGGCAAAUAGCAGAAUUCUUAUCAGUAAACGAAAAUUCAAACGACAACCAGGAUAACGAAAAACUUUCACGAUUAGAGCAAAAUGUGAAGACAAUACUUCACAUUGUAAAACAACAACAGGAUGCAGUAGAGAGCAAGACAACGGAACGUGAAUCAGUUCUCGCCCUUCUGAAAAAAUCAACUAACAAAUCAGAGCCUCUUUCUGAUAUUGUCAGACGAUACUUAGAAAGAGAGGAAAAAGGAAAAUCAGUUGUUAAUAGGGAGAUAGAGAAGCUGAUCGAAAUUCUACGUAAAUCAAAUAAACCUCAGUUGAAAAACAAGUCAAAUGCUGGUACGGACAUGAAACAUCUACGUAACAUGGUAGCGACUGUACGGGUUGAAGUGGAGCACCUUAAGAAAAAAUUGGAUUGGAAAGACGACCAAAUUACGGACUUAAUCAAAGAAACCAUGAUGCUUAGACAAUACCAAAAGACAAAGGAUCAUAACUCAGUCAGUGAAACCCUAAAAGGGGCCAUUGUAACCUCGCCUGUAUCAUCUCCGGAUUCUACGUAUGAAAUGCAGUUGGCAUACAAAAAGUUUGAUAACUAUCUGUCUAGUAACCCAGCACUUCCGAAUAGAAAUCGUCGCCGUGGGUCACUAGCAGAUGUUGACUUAGAACCAGACCCGGACGAGACAGACAUAUCUUUUGUCGAUAACAAAGAUUAUCUGGCGCCAACAUCACCACGUGUUAAGUUUCCUGAAUUAGAAUUGGCUAAAGGUGAGAGCACCCCUAGAUCUAAAGCGUUCUCCAGAAGGUAUUCUGUAAUGUCUGAACAAGAUCUAGCAACAAUAUUAGAAACUGACGACAAUGUAGAAUUUGAAAGGCUAAUGACAUUCAUUGCUAAGAAAACACAGCCAGCAAAAUUACCACUUAUCUGUAAAGAUGCAAUGUCAGUUGAUUUUUCACAGGAGUCAUUUGGAAACGAAAACAUUUAAAUCCUUGUUUUUAAACGAAAUAUUUUUUAUGCGUCCGGUUUUUGACAAGUGUUAUCAUUUCAAGUAU